GAGAGAGAGAGAGAGGAGGGGGGCGAAGGGGGGGGGGCGAUACAGGAGGCGAGCCUGCGAUGUGCAACCCGACCACUUUUCUGCACACUCUGCCCGGCUGGUGAGCUUUUGGCACCGGCGUGCGCCGAGCAGGCGGAUCAAGUUGCCACAAACAACGGCGCCUUGGAAUUGCUUUGGAAUUCGCUCGUGCGCGGGAACGCGGCGGCAGCGCCGGCGGAGUCGGAUUCUACCACAUCUGUGGGCGAACUGCAUCCCCCCCCCCCCUCUCCUCCACCUCCUCUUUGCUCUGCUCUUGACGACGUCGCCCGGCGGAUGAUCUCAUUCCGUCAAGUCAUUGUGGAAAAGGUCACGGCUUGUUUGUGCUUUUCGCAAGUGGCAACCAGACGACUUGUCUUUCUCAAAGUUUCUCGCCGCUGCAGAACCGCGCGGCGGAUUAGUCUGGGACGUCGGCGUUUGCGGUCUUGCCGCCAGCUGGAUUGCCGAGCGCUCGCCAGUCGGAUUUGGGAGUUCUUCAACACCCCCCCAGCGCCCACCCCCGUUCCUCUUCGCAGUCAUAGCACCGAAGCAAGGUCGGGUGAAAUGAGUUUGCAUGCUUGAAAGGGAGCGACAUCUGCCGCCGCCUCUCCCGAUGGGAAGCAUGAACUUUACCUGAUGCCGCUGACUGCGGUGCUUGCGGGCUUUUGAGGCGAUAUGCAGGACUUUCUGCUGGACCGGCGGAGGAGCCGACUCGCAACAAGAGACUCUGGCCAUUGAAUGUUUCCCCCAGAGCCAUCUCCCGGACCACCAGCGGCACCCCGGCCCAUCAGCGGCGGCAGCGCCUUUCAUCAUCUCCGAUGGCUCGAUGGCCCGCGUUCAGCCUGGGCCUCCUCUGCUGGCUUUGUUUACGGUGGGCGGGAGCAGCGGCGGCGACGGCGGAGUCGUCGCCAAACGACAAGCCCGGCGGCGGCCCCUUGGACUGGCUGCUAUCCGACAAGGGGCCCUUCCACCACUCUCCCGAGUACGUCGACUUUGUGGAGAAGAACAGACAAGGCUUCUCCACCAGAUACAAGAUAUACAGGCGAUUCGGAAGAUGGAAGGUGAACAAUUUGGCGUCAGAAAGAAGAGAUCUCUCGCAAUCGCCGUUACCUUUGACGCCCGAGUUCAUCAGGAACACUCGCCUGCUCGGCCGCAGGCCCAGCGCCCGGAUGAUCACCGAGAACCUGAUCAAGAAAUAUGGCACUCACUUCCUGUUGUCCGCUACACUUGGAGGGGAGGAAGCCUUGACGAUAUUCGUGGACAAGCGGAAACUCAGUCGCAAAGGAGACGCGAGCGAUUACGCGGCCAAUUCGUCGACGGUCAGUCUGGAAGCUCUGCACCAGCUGGCCGCGUCCUACUUCAUUGACAGGGAGAGCACGCUGCGCAAGCUGCAUCACAUCCAGAUCGCCUCCACUGCCAUCAAGGUGACCGAAACGCGCACUGGUCCCCUUGGAUGCAGUAACUAUGACAACCUUGACUCCGUUAGCUCAGUACUGGUCCAGAGCCCUGAAAACAAGGUCCAGCUGCAAGGUUUGCAAAUCCUCCUUCCCGACUACUUGCGAGAAGGCUUCGUGCGAGCGGCUCUCAGCUACAUCGCCUGCAACGGCGAAGGCGACUUUGUCUGCAAGGACGACGACUGCUGGUGCGGCUGCGACGCCAAGUUCCCGCAGUGCAACUGCCCGUACGCGGACAUCCGAGCCAUGGAGGAGAGCCUGGAGAGGAUCACGCAGACCUGGGAGCGCCUUUACAAAGAUUUUGAAGAAUCAGAUGAAUUCAAAGCCUUCCACGGCGCGCUGCCCCAAAAGCAUUUCCUGAACGUCUCGGCCAUCCGCCACCUGUGGUCUCUCGACGCUUUGCUCCACGGGCGCUACGAGCAGUUGGAGAGCAGCACGCGCGCCGCGGCCAAGCGCGCCCAGAGAGUCGUCUCCAAGCUUUUCGCUUUAAGUAAAAGAUGUCGCCGGCAGCCGCAGGUUCGAUUCCCGAGAGAGAGGUCUCAGUCCUACUGGCUGAGUCGUUUGCAGUCCCUCCUGUAUUGUUCCGACAACAACCAGCUGGGCGCGUUCUCCGAGGAGCUCCGCAGCUGCAGCUGCCGAUACCAACACGUGCCCUGCCAGCUCCCUCCGCCCUGCGUCGUCGGCGAAGGCUCAGCUUGCGCAGAGUGCGCGCCGGACAACAACACCCGAUGCGGGGGUUGCAACCGCGGCUUCGCCCUGGUACAGGGCGCCUGUAAGCCGGCGGUGGCGGACUCCACCGAAAACUACCUGGGCUUUGAGACGGACCUCCAAGAUUUGGAAUUGGGCUACCUUCUGCAGAGAGCCGAUCGUCGGCUGGAGGUCCACGCCAUUUUCAUCAGCAACGACAUGCGUCUCAACAGCUGGUUUGACCCGUCGUGGAGGAAGAGGAUGCUGCUGACCCUGAAGAGUAACAAGUACAAAGGCAACAUGGUGCACAUGCUGCUGGGAAUCUCUCUUCAGGUUUGCCUGACCAAGAACAGCACCUUGGAGCCCGCUUUUACCCUCUACGUCAAUCCCUUCGGCGGGAGCCAUUCGGAGAGCUGGUCGGUCCCCGCCAGCGAGAACCACUUUCCCGCCUGGCGGGCCACAAAGCUGGACCUGCCCUUCGAGUGCUACAACUGGACUCUGACGCUCGGGAACAAGUGGAAGACCUUCUUCGAAACCAUCCACGUCUACCUGCGCAGCAGGAUAACCGCGGCCAACGGGGCCAACGACACGGCGUAUUACGAGCCGCCGGAGAUGGCGGAUCCCGGGCGCAAUCUGGGCUACAUGAAAAUCAACGGCAUCCAAGUCUUUGGUUACAGUAUGCACUUUGACCCGGAGGCUAUCCGGGACUUGAUCCUGCAACUGGACUACCCUUACACCCAAGGGUCCCAGGACACGGCGACGCUGCAGCUCUUGGAAAUACGCGAUCGGGUCAACCGGCUGUCGCCGCGCGCUCAGCCCAGGUUGGACUUGUUCGCCUGCCUUCUCCGACACCGACUGAAACUGACCGCCGGCGAGGUCGCUCGCAUCCACGCCUCCUUGGAGGCCUUCAGCGCCCGCCUGCCCAAUUCCGCGGACUACGAAACGGCGAAGCUUUGCAGUUAACGGCCGCUCGGAGUUGUUUCUUGACUGGCGUUGCCCCUCUUUGAACAGAUGUGGCGCGUGGCCUUCGAAAACUCCACUCUGGAGACUCCCCGGUCACGAAAAUAUCAAAGGAAUCGUGUGAAUUGGCGCCAGAAGGCAUCGAGCGCGGUACCGUGCAAGCGCAGUCGGAAUUCUGAUUGGAGAAAUCAAGAGGCAAACCGAAGCGCUCUCUCCGUUUGACGGUCAGCACCGAGCCCAGUGAAUGGACAGAAACGGAUUCCUGAUCAAAUGUCGCAAUUUGUUAGUUUGUCUUUUUUUUUUUUUGAUAUGUCCCUUUUGCUUCAGUCACAGUGCCCUUGCCAUGAACCCCCAGAAUGCAGAGGUGUCCCUAUUUUGGAGAUCGAUUGAUAUUAAAACACACGUAACAGAAAGCGGCCGGCGGACUGAUUUUUCCCAAACCGCUUAUCUCGUUGUCGUCAUCUGAUUUUAAACGGCACUCAAAAACG